AAUGUCAAGGAGGAAGGAAGAAGUCAUCUACAUUUGGUUUCUUGCAUUCGAAACUCUCUGUAUCUGUAAUCAGUCUUUAAUGGAGGGAAGGUUCAAGCCACGACUCUCUCGUAUGUUCCGAGCUUCAUUUGGGUCUUGUCGAUCCCGAAACAUAGCUGAUUUCAUCGAAAAACCGGUUUUCGUAUCUCAAACCCACCAUGAUUUAUAUCCGAUCGAGCUUCAGUCACCAAAGGUUCGAACUUUCCCGUCCAUUUGCAGACCAAGAUGGAAGGAGAGAUUAAUGGAGUCUACUGCAGAUGAUGGUUUUGGGAGAAUGCAGGUGUUUCAGAGGUCAAAAGUGACGGAACGAAGCCAAUGCCUCUUUGGGUUUGAUGACGCCAAGGAAGGAACUUGUCCCCCUGCGUCUCCCAUUUCGCCAUUUAAUUCAUUUUACGAGCUUGAGGAAAUUGAACACAGAGGGGGACGAAGAAAUGCGAAGAAGACGAAGGGGAAGAAGAAGAAGAAGAAGACGGCGACUCAGAAAAGGAUAAGUAAGAAAGAAAGACUUCAUUUUGAUUCUUCAUCAGGAGAAACUGAUAGUGGGUGGUUCAGCAGUGGAGAUGAGACAGAGACGUUCUUCUCUUCAAAAAGCUUCUCCUCUGAUUCUUCUGAGAUUUACCUCCGGAACGAGAAGAUUUCUCGCCGGAAAGCAGCCGAAAUCCGAAGGAGAAGUGCUUUGAAAAGGAAUUCUGAAAUGGGUUAUAGCUCAGUUGAUGCAAAGGCCAAAGUUCAGGAGAGUUUCGCAGUGGUGAAGCGAUCGAGUGACCCAUAUAAUGAUUUCAGGACAUCAAUGGUGGAAAUGAUCGUGGAGAAGCAGAUAUUUGCAGCAGAGGAUCUGGAGAAGCUCUUACAGUGUUUUCUGUCAUUGAAUUCCUCUCAUCAUCAUAGAGUUAUAGUGGAGGUCUUCGUUGAGAUAUGGGAUACUCUGUUUUCUGACUGGUCUUGAAGAAUCUGCUAAUUUCUUCUUGAUCUUUUUAUUGUUUAAAAGGCUUCUCAAUUUCUUAGGAAAGACGUCAUUUCUUUAUAUUGUUGCUGAUACUCUGCAAAUUCUGUCUGACUGGGAUUUCUUUUCUCAAUUCUCAUCUUUUAAAUCUAAUCUCAAAGAUUUGUUCCUCUCCUUUCUUCUUCGUGUUCGUGUGCUAGCUUCUGCGUUUAAGCUUUUCUUUUCUGUUACUGUAUAAUAUGUUAUCUAAAAGAUGAAGCAGAGGAGCAGCUCUUUUGCUUUUGAGAUGA